GUGAUCCCAGUAUCACGUAACCAGCUGAAAUAGUUUCUAUUUCACUAACGUUCUGGAAUUGCGGAUUGAUAUCGCCGAAAUCAUGGCUGUUCAAAAACAAAGUAUGCCUUCCUUUGCUUCUGUUAUUUCUGUUCUUUCCAUUGUGCUUUACUGCGCCGGCUUUUUAAGAGUUGAGCUGGAACUACACGAGCAGAGGAAAAGAAUAAACGCUCUUGAAAGCGUUGCGGAGGCCAAGUCGCCGCCAAACAACGCAGACAUGAUAAGCAAGAAUGCUCCUGAAAUUCAGUCCUCUAAACUAAACAGAGACAGCCGACAAGUUGACUCAGCUAAGAAUUCAACAGAAGCUCAACGCAAAGCAGACACAAUUCUUAAAAUCAAGAAACUUUUAUCAGAGGGGAGUGUACAUCUAUGUCAGUCAAAGGGUGUCAUGUGCUCGUCAGGUCCCCCAGGCCCUUUCGGUCCACCUGGACCAGGAGGACACAAAGGAGCCCGGGGACGAAGAGGACAGAAAGGAAGGACUGGAUACAAGGGAGAUCAAGGUAUUAUGGGAUCGCCAGGAAAGAGCGGCAAGCAAGGCGUUAUGGGACCUGUUGGACUACAGGGAGAGACUGGAAACAAAGGCGAGAAAGGAGACAUGGGACCUGCAGGUAUGCCGGGAACUAAAGGCGAUCCCGGUGAAUCGAUAUCAUCUCCUGCUGUUGUUGUUUCUCCUGUGACGUUGACAGUGAACGAAGGACACAAAGGAGCCCGGGGACGAAGAGGACAGAAAGGAAGGACUGGAUACAAGGGAGAUCAAGGUAUUAUGGGAUCGCCAGGAAAGAGCGGCAAGCAAGGCGUUAUGGGACCUGUUGGACUACAGGGAGAGACUGGAAACAAAGGCGAGAAAGGAGACAUGGGACCUGCAGGUAUGCCGGGAACUAAAGGCGAUCCCGGUGAAUCGAUAUCAUCUCCUGCUGUUGUUGUUUCUCCUGUGACGUUGACAGUGAACGAAGGUGGAACAGACUCGUUUCAGUGUUCAGCCAGCGGUAAUCCUGAGCCUGCAGUAGCGUGGAGUAAACUAAACAAUCAGUGACAAAUCACUCGGUCAGCGGUUUCAGGAGGAAAGCUGGAGUUGAAGAAGGUGACCGGAAGUGACUCAGGCGUAUAUCAGUGUUCAGCAACAAACAUCCUGGGGAAUUCUAAGGAAGUGGUGCGACUUGCAGUAAAUGUUCAUCCUCAAGUUUCUCUUCAGUUGGGACCUAAGUUCGUCACCGUAGGAAGUGACGUCACUCUACCAAACUGUCAGGUAAUUGGAUACCCAGCACCAGUGGUGACCUGGAGGAAGUCGAUUGGUCAGUUACCCCAGGGGAGGGCACACUAUAACAACAAUGUCUUACAAAUUUCCGAUGUCCGUAAAAGUGACUCUGACUGGUACUUCUGUUCAGCGGUCAACCUUUUAGGAAAUGUUGAAAAGAAAACUCAACUAGUUGUGAUUUCCCUUCCUGUGUUUACCGUUAAGCCACCUGAAAAGGUAUUUGCUACUACUGGCGACACUUUGACGUUAAACUGCAGCGCUACUGGUGAUCCACGACCAGUCAUCAGCUGGAAAAGACAAGGAGCAGCACUGCCCGUGGGAAGGAGUCACAGGACAAAUGAUGCACUUAUCAUAAGAGAUUUAAAAGAAGAGGAUGCUGGGAUCUAUAUUUGUGUGGCUAAAAGUGCAGGAGUGUUUGAUAGCGAAGCAAUAAGUUAUGUUGAAGUUAAAAAACCGAGGGAUUGUUCUGAUCUGCAUAAAUCAGGCCAUACUCAAAGUGGAUUGUACUCUGUCAACCCAGACGGUAGAGGACAUUUUACUGUCUACUGUGACAUGCGCACUGACGGUGGAGGCUGGACCGUCUUUCAAAGAAGACAAGAUGGCUCGGUAGACUUCUAUCGGGGAUGGAACGACUACAAAGCAGGCUUUGGCCAGCUGGCUGUUGAGUUCUGGUUGGGAAACGACAAGAUCCAUCGACUGACGGAAAGCCUGCGGUUCUGA